UGAAGACUACGUGGCGGCCGGAGACUCCCGUCCCUGGCAACGGCCCGAACCAUGGAAAGCCUGAGUGAGCUACAGAACCCACUGCUGCCAAGAAGCCCCACCCACCUCCACCGGCCCUACCCCUACCCGGAGGCCCCGCCCGGCUGGUCCUGCCAGGAGAAGCUCUAUUCCUACCUCCUCGGAGGUGCUGGUCCUGCCCGUGCCCACCAGCUCCUGGACCCAGGGUCCCUGCAACUGGCCGUGGAGGCUUGGUAUCGGCCCAGCUGCCUCCUGGGGAGGGACAAGGCCAAAGCACCCAAAGCAGGCAGCUGUGAGACCAGCUUCACGGAAGCCAGCGACCCUUUAGCGGGGCCAGCAGAGGAGGGCUCCGAACUUGGCCAAGCUGAGGACGAUGUGACCAUCCACACUGUGUCCUACGGGGUUCAAGAGGAGCUGCAGGGCCAGGAGGACAGCCAGGAGGAGGAGGAGAGCGAUGGAACGUCCUCAGAGAGUGAGUGUGAAGACACCUUCCUCACGCUGCCGCCCAGGGACCACCUGGGGCUCACACUCUUCUCCAUGCUCUGCUGCUUCUGGCCUCUGGGCAUCGCUGCCUUCUACUUCUCCCAGGGGACCAGCAAGGCCAUUUCCAAAGGGGACUUCCGCCUGGCCAGCACGGCCUCCCGCCGGGCUCUCUUCCUGGCCACCCUCUCCAUCGCUGUGGGGGCCGGUCUCUAUGUGGCUGUGGUGGUAGCUCUGGCUGCUUAUAUGUCCCAGAAUGGCCAUGGCUAGUGGUCAGUAGGACUAUCAUGCUGGCUCUCCUGGCCUACUGGAGGAAGGUAUAAAGCUUGGAACUGUGUAUUCUGUGGAGCGCCUUGGCCCUGAAGAGAACCUAUGACAAUAGCUUGCUGAGGAGUGGCCUCCCGUUCUGCAGCCCACACAGAGCAAUCCUGCCCUCUUGCCUGCUGUUUCCAGUCCCAGAGCAGGCUGGGUAUGGAUGGGAAGCAGGCGCAGCAGGGUUGCCCAACAGGCCUAGCGGUAAACUCUGCCCAUUCCCCUCAGGACUUCUGCCCCACAGGCAACUUGGUCUGUACUUGUCAUCUUCCCCAAAGAGAAAGAGCAGGAGGUUCCAGGAAGGAAAAAGAAUUCCUUAAGGGAUAAAGGACCUGGUCAGACUUUUCAGUCAAGAGCGUUCUCACCUGUGCACAUUUUGAGCAACUCUCCCACCCUACCCCCCUCAAGGCCCAAGACUCUCCAAUCAGGAAAGGAAAACAUGGACCCCAGCCACCCAUCUCUUGCUCUUUCUGACUCUGGGUACUGCAUGUCUCCCUGCACUGUGGAAGACGCUCUGUGGUGUCUCCCAGGUAGAGAUGAAGCUGGAAAACACUGUAAUGAGGGCUGGUUGCUAGGGCUUGUCUGUACCAGGAAAAAAAAAAAAAAGACAGAUACAGUGACAGAGAAGACAGAGGCCUGGGAUACUGCAGGGUCACAUGACCUCCCCUGUUCUUCACUCCCCCCCCCCCCAUCCUUUCUGGGCUCUCCUGGAAGGGCACCGAGAUGGUACCCCACCCGUGGAGACUGAAAAGUGUACUGUAAUGUCCCAGCUAUAGCACACAGUCCUGGAUCUAGUCCCCUCCAGCAAAGGAUGAAAAGGACCUCGGGACCAUGGCAUGUAGGCAGAGGAGGGCCACAGAGAAGGGACUUGCUCCUCCAUAACUCCCCAUGCUGGUGGGCACGGUGUGCCCGAGCUUCCCAUGGAGGUUCGCAGGCUGCUUGGAAUAUCCAGUCUGGAGUAAUUUUGCAGCCAUUUCUAAACCCUCCAUCAACCUGAGCGGGAAGGCCAAGCCUUUCUCGCCACCUGAGUGAUUUCCCCAUCUCUGAAUGAGGGGGCGGUGGUGGUAAUGGUGCCUGGGCGUCUUCACUGAUAACCACCACUCACGACUGCUUUUAAACCCCUCCACCCCCAGGCACUAAGAGAUGCCAGAGUUUCAGAGACACGAGGAGGAACAGAGGGCAUGGUGCAGUCGGAGGGCAGGCCCGCUGGGACUUACGCUACGGACCAUUGUGCAUGAUUUGGGGGGACCUGGCCAUUUCCAUGCCCAUCUAGCCCCACACACCCCCAUCUUCCUCACGUCCAGGGUUGCCCACUCUCCACUCCCCGCACCGGCAGUUUUAACGUCCCCUUACUGUCUUUAUAUUUAUCCUGAUAAUAAACUUUUUGGUAAC